AGUGAGCGAAAAAAUAAUAUCAUUGCAUUUUGUCUGUUGAAGAAAACCAGAAGUCGGUAGUCUUUUUUGGUGCGUUCUACGGUUUGUUGUGGUUUCGCGCGCGCCCCGCGAUGAUGCUUUUUGCCAUUCGAUCAUAUCGUCCAUCAAUAAUCAUAGCAAACAUACACACACACAUUAAUUCGCGCGCGCUUCUCGAAAUUCGUUCGUUCGGUUUGUUCGGUUGGUCGCGCGCGCGCCUCCAAAACUCGUCUCCACAACAAAUAAGUCGUCAUUUUAUGUGAUUUUGCUACCGCAAUUCUUGUUUUUUUCCCGUCUUCUUAUUGUUGCACAUCGAUUUUCUACACACACACACACAUACACCAGCUCACUUCAUUUCGGUUUUCGAUAUUUCGGUGUGCAAAAAGUUAUCGGUGUUGACGAAUCAGUUCAUUGUGGCUAUCGGUUUGGUUCAGUUUUUUUCCCGCUGCUCUCGUCGACAUCAUCAAGUUUGUUUUGUGGCAGACAACCAGGAUAGAAAAAAAAUCCAAUUUUUUUUCCUUUGCCAUUGGGUGAAAGUGCAUUAAAAACAGAAAUUUCCAUUGAAUAUGUGCAAGUUAACACAGAGUGAAUCAUGGUUUUCGACGCAAUUAUGAGUGUUGUAACUGAAAUUUGUAUUCAAAAUAUUUGCCAUCGGAUUUAAAAUCACGUGAUCUUUUGCUCCGACUCCGACAGACAAACGUUUAAGAGAGUGUGACAAGAAUGGCAUGCGGGAGAGUUAAGUUUCAAAUGUUCAAUUUACAACCGAAUUCAAUGAAAUGUGUAUCCGUUUCGUGUGAAAAAACAUAGAACAAUUUUUUUUACUACGAUUGUUCGACAAUGCCAAAGUUCCUAACACAGAAAAAAAUGAUAUAUUUAUUAUUAAAAUCUUGAAUACUGUUUGUUCAUUACCAAAAAAUAAAGUGGCAAACAGUUUAUAGCACGCAUGUGAUCCAGCAAGUAUGAUUGCAGUUGUGUGGCUAUUGUAACCAAUGUUCCUAUUCAAAUGUGCUUUUAUCAUACGUUUUUUUUUCUUGUCGAUAUAAACACAUUCUUCGAAUGUGUAUACAUAUUUAUUAACCGAAACAAGUAAAAAUAAAAGUAGAAUAUAACAAAUUGCGUGCGAAAUAACAACAACAAGUAGAAAAAUUUAACAGAGAGAGAGAAAGAGAGAGAGAGAGAGAGAGAGAGAGAGAGAGAGAGAGAAAGAAAGAGAGAAAGAAAGAGAGAAAAAUGCAUAUUUUAUGAUAAAGCUGAAAGUCUGUAUUUUUUAAAUACCACUGAAUGAAUGAAUGAAUUUAAAAAAAUGGUGCCAAAAGUUGAAAUGAUUACAAAAAGGAUGCAAUCAUUCGAAUAAAAUGUGAUAUUUAUCAAAGAGUAUUAUGUUCAAUGGAAGUGAAGUCUGAAGUUCAUUUUGUGCACUAAAAAAAGCCAAACACAGAGAGAAAAAUUAUAAAAAUAAAUGCAAAAAAUCAAGCCAUAAUAUGUGCCAAUCAUUUUUACCAAUCCGAUUUCGAUUUCGAUAACAAAAAAAAAACAAAAAUUUAUACACACAUUAACAGAAAAGAGAGAAAGAAUUUCAAUCGGUGAAUUGCGUGAAAUUUCAUUCAUUGCAUAUAUGUCGACGUUACUGGGAAAAGAGAAUCCCAAUCAUUCGACCAGUGCAUUUAUUGAGAACGUAGUCAGUGGCAAUAACAGUAAUGCCAGCUCGGUUGUAUCAUCGCCCGACGAUUUUGACGAUGAUUCGGCAACAACACCGGCAUUUAAGGCAAAUUCAAUUGCAGCGGCGGCCACAGCAACAAGCAGCAUUCUAACGAAUUUGUCCCGUUUGAAUGCCCAUCACUUGAGCGCUACAAAUGGCCAAUAUCGUAAGGAUAUGGGCGGUUUUUCCAUACCACAUCAUGGUUUGUCGGCCGCUUUCUACGGUUAUCAUUCGCACACAUCUCAAAUGGCGGCCAACGAAUGCUUGCCGACCGUAACGAGUGGCAGCAUUUCGCCAGCAGAGCACGCUCAUCAUCACCAUCAUCACCAUCACUAUUCGAAUACAACAAGUAGCAAUGGCACGGUUAGCCAACAAGCAAAUGCCACGGCAUCGGCAAAUUCGAGCAGCGGCAGCGGCAGCAACAGUAACAAUAAUACUAUCAACAAUUGCUCCUUCAAUUCAAACAAAUCAUCACCAUUUCUGCUGCCCGCCGCUCAAUUGUACAAAAGCUUAUUUGCCAAUGCCGUUCUUCAUAACCCCGAUAAAAUGUGUUCACAUCCAUUUCCGCGCAAUUUAUUAUUUUCAUAUUCAGACAAAUCACCGAAUUCGCCCGACUUUGAAAAUGAUGAAAAGCCCACGAUUACCACCACUGAGAAGUCAGCAACCCCAUCAUUCCCCUGGAGUAGUGCAUCUGAGACUAAUUUGAACGGACUCAAUAAUAACAACACUGAGACAAAUAACAAUAACAAUAAUAGCAGUUCAGUAAACAGUGGAAAUAACCAUAUAACAAGUCCACAACCGCAUAACGGUAGUUCAGCACAAAUCGGAAACAGCGACGACAAUCCAACAACAACGCCAACAGUGACGACAUCAAUAUCAUCAACCGUGAAUCCAUUAAUCGGCACGAUGCCUGUUGGAGGUGUACAGUCGCAGAAUCCAACGCAAGGACUUGUCCAUUGGAUGAGCGCUGUAAUGGCCGAGCACAUGACAUCGAAUUCGCAUCAUGAUCCAACAGUCGGCAUGCAUUACAUGUGGAACGGUGGUGUUGACCAAUGCGGUCAACACGUUAAGGAAAUUGACUAUGGCGGCUGGCCAGCACCCAGAAAUCACAUGACCAUGAAACAAGGCUACGAGGCCAAAAUGAAUGAUCAUCAUCCCAACAAUUUGCAAAAAGGUCAUAUUCUCGACGAUGGUCGUCUAGAGCAUCAUCAUCAUCAACCGAGUCAGAAUCACAUGGCAAUUUACGGGGCGGCCGGAGCAUUGCGAUCAAAUUCGUCCAACAGUUCAUCGCCGGGCGGUAUUGGUGUGCAUAAUGUUGGCAAUACGGGUCUUGGUGGCCCAGGUAUCGGUGGAUUGUCUCAUGGUCAUACAAACACACCGGCCGCACUGCUUGUUGUUCCACAGCCAAUAAAUGCCACUAAAAUCGGUGCAUCGCUUGCAAAUGGGCCCGGCACUGGUCGCAAAUAUCAAUGCAAAAUGUGUCCACAGAUAUUCAGCUCAAAGGCCGAUCUUCAGCUGCACACACAGAUUCAUAUGCGCGAAGCCAAGCCGUACAAGUGUACACAGUGCUCGAAGGCGUUUGCCAAUUCCAGCUAUUUGUCGCAGCAUACGCGCAUCCAUUUGGGCAUAAAACCGUAUCGUUGCGAGAUUUGCCAGCGAAAAUUCACGCAAUUAUCACAUUUGCAGCAACACAUUCGCACCCAUACCGGUGAUAAACCGUACAAGUGUCGUCACACCGGAUGUCAAAAGGCAUUUUCGCAAUUGUCCAAUUUGCAAUCGCAUUCGCGAUGCCAUCAAACCGAUAAGCCGUUCAAAUGUAAUUCGUGCUACAAGUGUUUCAGCGACGAACCAUCCCUACUCGAGCACAUUCCAAAGCACAAGGAUUCCAAACACUUGAAGACACACAUCUGCCAAUACUGUGGCAAAUCGUAUACACAGGAAACGUAUCUAACGAAGCAUAUGCAAAAGCAUGCCGAACGCACGGACAAACGGCCGCCAAUAUCGGAGAUUCAAACAACCACCACGACAAACACAACAACCAGCUCGAACAGUGGCAAUCGCAAUAACAAUGCAAACAAUUUGAAUUUGAAUAACAAUCCGUUGCCAAGCGUUGCCGAGAAUUCGUAUUGGCCCAAGGUGAGUCCAGAUUCGGCGGCCAGUUUGACAGACGUAAUGCAACAGCAACAGCAGCAGCAGCAACAACAACAGCAACAGCAACAACAGCAGCAACAAACCCAGAAUCAACUACAGGCUCAACAGCAAGCCCAAUCACAUGAAUACGGUGGCAUGACGAGCGGUCAUCCAUCGAACGAUUUGCAAGCGCAUCAUCGUUUGAUCGACAGCCAUCGUGACGAUGUUGGUGAAGAUUUGGUGGUGAGCCGUCAUUUGCAGCAACAACAACCGCCAUCAUCAUCGGCCACACCCGGACCGUACGAUACGAAAACCAGCACCAAUUCAGCAUUCACACCGAUUAAUUCGAUGGCACCGCAUCUAAAUUCAAUCGGCCAUCAUCCGAUGGCACAGCGACCGUAUCUCUAUGAUGCGAUCAGUUUUCCAAACAAAAACGUUAACCAAAACACAAACUCGUUUCCGAAUCAAUUGAUCUCAUUGCAUCAAAUUCGAAACUAUGCACAUCAACCGAGCGGUUUGAUGUCCGGCGAACAUCUAUUGGGCGUUAGUGUUGGUGCGGGCAAAGACAAAGGAUAACUGUAUUUCUAGAAAUGGAAUCACCUAAAUUGCCACCACGAUUCCAUUCCACAAGCACACACUGAACAAUGUUGCACACACACACACACGAUUCGCUAGGCACAGAGACGGAAAGAGAGAGAGAGAGAGAGAGAGAGAGAGAGAGAGAGCGAGAGAGAAAUACAGUGAAAGUAGACAUAUUAGCGAACAGAAUUAGGUUUUUUUUCUUUUCCCCGGCCGGCAUAAGGCAUUACACAUUUUCCGAUAUUAUUAUAUAUUAUAAACUGCUAUUAUUAUUACGAUUAGUUUUCCUUUUUUUCAAUAACAAUCUGUGUCACAUAAUCACUAUCUAUACAUAUACAUUUUGUUUUGUUUAGAUUUAAUUUUCUUCUUUGUUCUUUGUUGCGGGUUUGAAAAAAAAAGCAAACAAUUCCUUUGAUUUGUAUAUUUUUGAUUUUGUGAGCUUGAGCAAAUGUUUUAAAUGAAUUUCGUCCAUAUUUUUUUGGCUAUUAGUUAGAAAUUUUCCUUUUGUUCGUUCGUUUGUUUCGUUGGCAAUAAUAAGUAAACAACUCGUGUAUUUUCUUUGAUUUAAUCAUUCGAAUUUGCAAUGUAAAUGUUUUGAUUUACGGAGUUGAGUUGUACGGUUUAAUUUUUUGUUUGUUCCUUGUAAAUAUUGAUUUGUUUUCGGUGAUCCAAAAUGCAAUUAGAUUGAUUUGAGCCACUUUGUUCUGGGCUGUUUGCAAGUUCAGUGGCAAACUGGGUCACAUUUUAACGAGACGCAUUCAAAACCGGCAAAGAAAAAAAACACACACAGGAGAAUGACGAGAUAAAUGCAAUUUAUCGUGCAUCAAUAUCGAAACUAUCUAACAUAAAGAUUAUAUAACUUUUGAAAUGGAUAACAUAUUGAAACGGGAUUGAAACCACGUAACCGAUACGGAUUCUGGCUUUCGUUUUCGAUUUUUUUUUGCGAAUACAGAAGAGAAGAAGAGAAAAAAACACAAACAAUUUGAUUCAAACUAUACACGUAGCGGAUAAAUAAAAAAAUAAACUAGAUUUUAAAAACUGUUUUUUUGGAUAGAAAGAAAAAUUACUUGCAAUGAAAAGAGAUAAAGAGAUAACAACCAUAAAAAUGAAGUUAUUUGUAGAAUUCGUUUCCUUUGAGAAAAUUAACAUAAAAACAAAGUACUAUUUUGAUGGAAGAGAAAAGCAUGCUGAAGAAGAAAAAUGAAACAGCAAGACGGUGACGAUCCACAUUUUCUGCAACGCAGCAUAAAUAUUAAUGAAAAUGAUUCAAACUACUUUAAAACGUAGAUGCUAAAUAAAAAUUAACGAACAGAGUAGAACGGGAUGAAGAGUGGGAGCAAGAGAGCGAGAUAGAGAGAGAGAGCAGAGGGAAGACAGAGAGUGAAUAAAUACAAUUAAAAAAUCUAAAGAGAACGUCAAAUUAAAAUUGCAUUCAAAAAGCGAAAAUCUGAAAUACACAAGUGAGAGCACAUUGGAAAGCAUCAGUGCUCACAUAUUCGGAAAACAAAUUUUUAAAAAGCAAUUCUCGCGGUAAAUAGAAAGGAAAAAAAGAAAAAAAAGCUGCACAACGAUAGAGAAAUGGCAGAGAUGAGAUAGAAAGACAGAGACAUGCAGAACGUUAAAAAAAGAACAGGAGAAAGGAUGCGAAUAAAAAGGGAUAGGAAUGGAAAAAGACGCGCUCGUUACUUCUAAUCGGAUUAAAUUGGAAAAAGAGGCUCGCACGAGGCGAUGGCAUAGUGUCUGUGUGGAUGCAAUUUACAUGCAACACUGAAUCAUCUCAAUGGUAGUACACAUAGACAUGUCCAAACAAAACUGCGCGCAUUUGCCCAUACACAUAUACAAACUUUCUCUCGUCCAGCGACACGAACACACACACUCGCGCGGAGAGAAAGGCACGCAAUGGACAGUGCGAGAAUGCUAAAAAUGUACAAUUUAUUAGCAACGGCGAAAUUGAAUUUUCCCCCGAAGGAUAUUUAAAUGUUAUAAUCAAAAAGUUUGCGUCGCUCUUAUUUUGUUCCCUUUUUUUCUACCAGUUUCGUUUCAUUUUGGAGCUCUAUUCUCAUUCUUCUUAAUUUUCAGUUAAUUCUUUUCAGUGUUUUUUUAUUCACUCACUCAAAUUGAGUUUUCAAUUCAAUUUUUUCUCGCAUCGAAACGCGGAGAAAAAGAAAGAAAGAAAAAAAUGAGAAGAAAAAUGAAAACUUUUCUGUUUCAUUCAUGUUCCACAACAGUUCAAAGACACACUCAUACACACUCAACAUACAAAACAGUUUUGUUUUUUGUCUCACUGCUCCUUGUACCAACAUGUUUUAACACACACACACACACACACUCAAGCCAGACACGACAAGAGCCGACAAAAUACAACUGCAAUAGACAGACAGAAAUAGCGAAAAAAACAACAACAACAACAAUAUUUGUUCCGUUUUUUAUUUGCCCAUCCAUUGAUUAUAAAUAAAAACCGUUAAAUUGACAAUAGGCACCCAAAUGAUACAAAAUAGCAAAUACAUAUUACAAUAGUGAACCGAAUAAGAAACAGAAGGAAAUAGUUAAAGUUUUUUUUUGCAAUUCCAUAACUAAGAGCACAUCUGUGAUACAAACUAAAUGAAUUUUCAACAAUACAAAACCGAAAACAGAGAAAAACAAUAGAAAAAGAAAUAUCGAAACACUACUACAAAACUACAAAUCCAAAACCAAUAGACCAAUAGUAUCAAAUCAAUAGUUAAAAGUGAACGAGAUAGAAAGAGAUAGAAAGAGAUAAAGAGAGUGAAAAAAUGAAGAAAACCAUGGAAAAUUUUUGUUUGCAAUAUCAAUCGUUCGUUGUUGGUGAAUUGAGUUGAUUUUUUGUUUUCAAUACAUACACAUACACACAUGCUCAUAAGCUUUCAGUUUUUCCGUGUCCUAUCAGAUAAACGAUGACCAAUUAAUUAAUGUUUUUAACGGCAAAUGAAGAAAAACCAUCGCAAAAUCCAAAAUCCACCAUCAAAAUUCGAAAUGAUUGCGUCUUUGAGAUUGAACACUUGAAACAAAACAAAGCAAAAACAAAUAAUGACAUUUUCGCUGCUAUGCAAUAUGUUUUUGGAUGAAAGUAAUUGAAAUUAUUUUCGAACAAGAGAAACGAAAUGGAAAACAAGGAAUACGAUGAAGAAGGAAGAAAAGUAACAAAAAAAACACCCAAUUUAAUUGGCAUCUUACUUCAGUAGAACUGAUCUAUUUGCAUACCAAUAAAAAGAAGAGAAAAACCAAACUAAAUAUUGAAAUAUACGUUUUAUAACUACUCAAUUUAAAAGAAAGCAGAAUUUAAAAAUAAAAGCGAAACAAAUACACACACACACACACACUUUUACUUAAUCAAGGAAAUUUAAAAGACAGAAAAAAAAUAUUAAUAAAAUAUUAAUAACAAAAAAAAAGUAAUGGCAGGCAUUUUGUCGUUUUCAGAUUUACGUAGAUUUAUACCGUAAGUGUAAGAGAGAGAAAAACAAGAAAACAACAAAGAGUUGAUGAUUUUAGCACAUGCAGAAAUUUGAAUUAAUAGCGCACACGUUAGAAAAAAAAAACAGAAGAACAAAAAAAAUUUAAAUUACAUUUAGAAUGAACACACACACACACACAGAUUCUCAUUACGCAACUAAUAAAGAAAAGGAAAUUUAAAAAAAAACCAGUUGAAUUUUAUUGUUCGGAACGGAAGAUUUGUUUCGAUACGAAAUGAAUGUUGUUUGGUUUCGAUGCGACGUUUAGACAAACGAGAUUUUGAAAAUGAAGAGAAAAUUCCACGUCGAUUUUUUUUUUGAAAAUGUUGGACCGUUUUUCCCCCUUCAUUUCGAUUUAAUCGAUUUUUAGACUCUUUGGAUGUAUAAAAGAAGGUUGAACUGUUUUUUUCGGCAUGGACAAAUACGUGGAAUAAAGAAACAAAAUUAGCCAAAUUAACAAGUAAUUUAAAAAAAAGAAGUGAAAAUCAAUUUAUGGUGCAAAUUUUAAAACAUAGAAAAUUUUGAAUGAAAUAAAUUUCGUUAUACCAGAAGCAAAAAUGGACAACACCAAAAAUGGGUGUUGAUGAUGGGAUAGAAUCUUUAAUAAAAUUGCCACUAAUUAAUGCGGACAAAAUAUGUGUGAGAGAAAGAGAAAAAAGAGAAUAAUUCAAAUGUUUGCUGUAAAAUUAUUACAUCUAAAGACCGAAAAAAACACACACAAUGAGAAUGAAAAAUUCACGCACACACAAAGGUAUGGAUGUUUUGUGUGUGUGUGUUUUAAUCAGUCCAUUCAAAAUAAGUAUGAUUGUAGCAUAUUAUUGUCAUACGAUUAUUUCGAAUUUUUCCAGAAAUUUACAAUAACCAACAACUCACACCCCGCCCCAAACCCUCUCCACACCGACACACAUUCAUACAAAUCACACCGACGAGAUUCUAUUCGCCCGAACAGAAAAGCUAAAAUAUCAUAUUUAAAUGCAUGAACGAAAAAAAACUCUAUUUUAAUUAAUCAUUCUAUGAAUUACAAGUAUUUAAAACAAAAAAACCAGAGGAAUUCCAAUUAAAUGGACUAAUUGUCUAUAAAUAAAAUGCAAAAAAAUUCAACCUAAAAAAUUGUUUAAAACCAAGAGAGAGAAAAACCAAAAUCCAGACAAAAAAAACAGACAAAUACUUCAGGCAGAGACAAUUAACAAAAAUUUUAUGGUAUAACCAUAGACUCACACAAACACACAUGUUCAUUCACAUUAAAUUAACUAAAAUCAAUAUCAAUGUCAUAAACAGAGUAAGAUAAAACGCAGCAUUAAUUCCCAAUGAAAUUGGAUAUAUCGAAGCGAAUCCGUUAUGCACAUUGCGAGAUUCAAUUCGAUGCAAAAAAAAAAAAUCAGAUUUCACUAAAAAAUUAUGUGUAAUAAAAUAUAAGAAUUUAAGUAAUAUUAAUCGUAAUUUAAUCAUAAUAACAAUUUAAAAAAAAGGUAACAAAAAAAUAAAAAUAAACAUAAAAUCCAAUUAACAUGCUACAUCAGAAGAAGAAAAAAAAGGAGGAAAAACAACAACAAACACUAUUUCAGAGACACAAAUGAAAAUUAUACAAAUAAAAUGCAUAACGAUU